AUGAAUCCCUCCACGCUUCCGGAUAUGUCGGGGAUGGACGUCUUGGGUUUGCACAUCUCCAACCCAAGCUCGAAAGCGCCUCACGCGCACCCCUAUCCCUCCUCAAUCUCCUCUUCCGCCUCCUCUUCCUCCUCCUCGGUCUUCUCACUCGAUGUCUCGCAAAGUUCGAUCUCGUCCACUGCGACCAACCCGGUCGAUGUGAUCUGGGAGAAUGAUGGAGAGACGCAGGUGGGGAGACCUCUGGGCUCUUGCCCUCGCGCCUUUGCGAAGGGAGCUCCUCCCAAGAUCGAUGGCGCGGUCCCUGCCGAGCUGCGGAUGCACCCUCGGCGCACCCACAGCGUCGCGAACAACGGUUCGGCGGCGCGGCCUCCGCCCUGUCUGCUCCGGCAGUCCGAGCGCAAAGUGAAUUUCGUCGAUAACCUCGUCGAUACGGCGUCGCAAAUCGUUGAAAACAUCUGGCCGCUGUCCGCCGCGGCAUCCCGCAGCGAUGCCGCGACGGGAUCCAAGGGUGUCCUUCCCCUGCGGACGUUCAUCCAGGAAACCCUCCGUCGUUCACGUACUAGUUAUUCUACUCUGCAGGUGGCUUUAUAUUAUUUGAUCAAAAUUAAGCCGCAUGUGCCCAUGCGCGAUUUUACCAAGGAGCAACCUCGGGACCAGUCGUGCAUGCGGGCCAUGCAGUGUGGUCGCCGCAUGUUUUUGGCGGCACUCAUCCUGGCCUCGAAGUAUCUGCAAGACCGCAACUACUCCGCCCGCGCUUGGAGCAAAAUCUCCGGCCUGAAUACGCUGGAGAUCAACCAGAAUGAGUUGAUGUUCCUGGAGGCGGUGGGGUGGCGUCUGCAUAUCUCCGAGGCCACUUUCCAGCGCUGGACCGACCUCGUUCUGAAGUUGACCCCCGGUGCCGGUGGUCCCCCGGUCGCCGAGGGCCAGUGCUGGCGCACCGUCCUACCCUGUCUCACUCCGGAGUUGGAUUCCAUCGACUCGGAGCCGAUGACCCCGGUCUCGGCGAUGGGUGGGAUGGACCGGGGCCUGACCGAUUCUCCCUCGCCACGUCGUGCCCCCCGCCGCGACUCGAUCCGCUCGGGUUCCCGCGAACAGACUCCCACCUGCCUGCGAAGCCUGCCCCGGACCAUGGAGCCGACUCCCCACAUGGAGUACGCGCAUCUGCCCAUGCCGGCGAUCCCCCGUCCUCAAAUUCUCCCGACGCCCCAGAUGACCCCUCAGCCGCCUGCUGCCUGCACUCCUGCUGCGAGUAUGACAGCAUGUGGCCCCUGCCGCCCAUCCAUCGGUACCGCGAUGUCCCAGGCGCAGAACUUGGGAAUGGCGCGCUCGACUCUCGAUCAGCGCCCGCCGCUCUCGUUCUGCCCGCGGGCUCAUUCGUAUGAUGGCUACCCGCCUGCGGUCCGUCGGUCCUCUCUGGCUCGCUCCACCUCGUCGGCCUCGUCGCCGGACUCGAUGGUGUCGGACGUGUCGACUCUGUCGUCCCGCUCCUCGCGGUCAUCGUCGGUCUCGUCCAACGCCUCGGGCGCCGGUGCCCCCGCCCCGUCUCGCCUGGCCGUCAAGGCCACCUUGCGUUGCACCAGCAACUCCCUCAAGGAGAGUCGCAAGACUCUGGCCAUUGCUUCCCCCAUCGACGAGAGUGCCCUGGUCGAUCUGUACAGCUCCCCGGACUACCCCGGUGCGAUGGGCUCAGCGCCAGGUUUGUCCACUUUCACGCUGGAUACCAGCCUGAGCGAAGCGGCUCAGAGUCUCUGCGAGCUGUCGGGGGCUACUCCGGAACGGCGCCAGUGCCGCAAGCGCGGCCGGACCGGUUCUGACGAUCUGCUCCUCCAGAGCCACGUGCGCCAUCUGAUCGAUGCAGGUGCCUCCGGCGUUCCGUCCUCCAUCCUCCCCGAUGGGCACUUGGCGAACUCGUUCCUGGUCUCGGACGGAUCUUCGCUUUCAGGCCCUGCCGGCAUGAAACGGGCCUGCUGCGGCAGCGAGGCGCGCAAGGUCGCGCUGAACCCGAGCAUCCGCGCAGAUAUUCUGAAUUAUAACGGGACUCGUCCUUGA